AUGUCCAAAGCAACCCUUGCAGCCAUUGCGGCUGCUAGUGCUGCUACCGGUGCUGGUGUCACUGCUUUCAUCUAUUCUCAAUCCUCUCGUCCUCUUCAACAGCAGCAUCAACAUCAACAACAGAUUCCUCCUCCUUCGGGCCUCUCCAAAACUCCCGCUUCGCUGCCCCCAACUCCCUCUCUCGCUCCCAAAUCUGCCGACUCGCCCGUUGAUCCGUCUGGCAUUCUUCAAUACGGUUUCCCGGGCCCCGUCGCCGAUCCUCUCAACUCCUUGCCGUUUACCGGUGCCUUUGACCGUCGCACACGCAACCCAUCCUGGGUUGCUGAACACAUUACCCCUCAGUCCCUCGCCAUCAACAAUGGAGACCGCAAGCACAGCACUUUCUUCGAGGAUACCACUAUUCCUGCCUCCUUCCGCGCCAAAUUGUCCGACUACUUUCGCUCGGGCUAUGACCGCGGUCACCAGGUCCCCGCUGCCGAUGCCAAAUGGUCCCAGGAGGCCAUGAACGAUACUUUCUCCCUGAGUAACAUGUGCCCCCAGGUCGGAGAGGGUUUCAACCGGGACUACUGGGCACACUUUGAGAACUUCUCUCGCGGCCUGGCCAAGACCUACCCCUCUGUUCGCAUUGUCACAGGACCCCUGUACCUCCCCCAUCGUGACCCUGAUGGUAAAUGGCGUGUCAACUACGAGGUCAUUGGCAACCCGCCCAAUGUCGCGGUGCCGACUCACUUCUACAAGGUCAUCUACGCCGAGGAUGGCACUACCAAUCCCAACAGCAAGGUUGCCCUUGGUGCCUUUGUCCUGCCCAACGCUCGCAUCGGCAACGACAGGCGUCUGACGGAAUUCGAAGUCCCUCUUGAAGUCGUGGAGCGUGCCAGUGGUUUGGAAUUCGCUUCCAAGUUGGAGCCCACCCGUCGCAAGCGUCUCUGCCAGGAGGUCCGCUGUGAGGUCGUGGUGCGCGAGUUCAACAAGGCCAAGAACCGUUCCUAG